AUGAAAAAGAACUUUGCCAGAGCAGAAAUUCCUCAUGCAUGCGUCAGUGACAAUGGUCCACAGUUCAGUAGUCAUGAGUACAGCCAAUUUGCCAGUGAAUAUGGAUUCAAACCAGUUAAGUCGUCGCCUUAUCAUAGCAAAGGCAACGGAAAGGCAGAAUCUGCAGUAAAGGUGGCGAAAAAUAUUCUAAAGAAAGCGCGGCAUGAAGAUCCCUACUUGGCAUUGCUGGCAUACAGGAACACUCCACAACAGGGCCACAAGUUUUCACCUGCUCAGAGGCUUAUGAAUCGGAAACUACGAGAUAUCACUGUGUCAGUACCUCAACAACUUAAACCACAUCCUGUUUCCAGCACUGAAGUUGUGAAUGAUAUAAUGUCGCGUAGAGUCCGGUCCAAACAACAGUAUGAUAAAAGAGCAUCACCCAAACCUUUGAAAUCGGUUUCGCAAAAUGACCAAGUCUUCGUGAAACCAAAUCCGAAAAAUAAACACAAGCCAUGGAUAUAUGGAGAAGUCGUAAAAAAUCGUGGCCAUCGGUCGUGUGUCGUGAAUACGGCUGUUGGACUAAUUCAAUGA